AUGAGUUCACUCCCUCUCGACCUCCACCACAACGUCCUCUCUCGCCUACCCGCCAUAUCGCUUCUCAAGUUGAGGUCUGUCUGCAGAAAAUGGCGCGACAUGAUCGACGAUCUGCACUUCGCCGCCAUGCACGCCACCAGCAGCGUCGAAAGUCCCCGGAUUCUGCUGCUUCCGGACCCGAGACACGACGCGGAUUCCCAAUUCGCGGUAAACGAUGAGUUCCUGGUGACGUCGCUCUCCAGAUUGGCCGAGAGGACGUUGCUCCACGUGACUGGAGCUUCAUGUCACGGCUUGGUCUGCGUUCAGGACUUCCGCAACGGCGCUACCCAUCUCUUCAACCCUCUGACCCGAGAAAUCGCCUCGUUGUCGAGUGUUGACCCGUCGCGCGAGCCGCGGGGCUGUUGUGUGAUCGGAAUUGGGGUUGACCACCUGACCAGCCGGUACAAGAUCGUGCGCAUGAGAUACUUUAUCGACCGAUUUAGGGCAGAGGUCCUCGAUCAGGGCUCGCGGUCAUGGAGGGACAUAGCGAGCGCCCCUCCCGCCCUCAUGUUCAUACGCCCCGUGUUCGCCGCCGGAUCGAUCCACUGGAAAACCACCCCCAGAGGCGUGGUCAGGAUCUCUUCCUUCGACGUCGCAAAGGAGGAGUUCGCAUGGACUCCGUGCCCGGAGCUUCAAAACGCCCACCUGGUGGAUCUCCGGGGAGCUCUGGGGCUCGUCCACUGCUCGCACGGGGAGAGUGUGGACGUGUGGGUGAUGAAGGAGAGUGGGCGGUCGAUGAAGGAGUACAGCGUCCGGGUGAGCCAGCCGUUGCCGCCGACCAAUCACUUCUUCUUUAAAGUUCUGAGCUGUCGUGGCCGGAAGAUCGCGCUCAGCUUCUACGGGAGAUGCUGGUUAUACGAUGCUGCAACUGACGAGCUGAAGGAUGUGCGGAGACCCGGCGCGGCGCCGGCCAUUCUUGUGGGCAGCAUCACCGUGAGUUUGCUUUCGCCGGCGAAGUUGUGGAAUAGUGGGGUUGCGGAAAUAAAAGAGACAUGAUCAUGUGGCGGUGAGGUACUAAGCGCACGAGCAUGUUUUUUAUUUUUUUAUUUGGUAGAAAGAAGAAUAAUCACUCUGUUUUUUUUAUUAGCUGCAAUAUUAUUAUAUCCUCGAGGUUGAUGAAUUUG